AUGAACACCGUUAGUAACGUAGCCAAGGCCGUCGGCCAAAAGACUCCUGGAUUUGAAAAGCUUGAAAAAUGUCAGGGUUCGAGCAAGUCGAUUGCACUCAAGUUGACCGCUGAGUGCAACAAAGCCAUUCAAAAAGCUAUUGAGAUUGGUUGGCCAGUUAGGAUCGUGUCGGCCGAAACAGUAAGUGAAAAUUAUAAUAAAAUAAACGUGCUCCGUUUCAUUUUGAAGUACCCUUGUUGCCCGCUGACUAAAAUGACUACCUUAAAACUGAAUAAUUAAACAAAAAUCUUCUUACUGUGCAAUGUCCUAAAUGUAAAAAUGUUCAAUAGCCAAAGAUAAUACUUUUAAUUCAGGAUGUCACAAUUGAAGUUGGUAACAGUAUCAACUCAGUAUGCACUUUUACAUCCAAACAACAAAGACUAAACGGUAACGUUGAAGCUGUGAGCCAAAAAAGUGCCACAUCGUUCCGAAAAGUUUCUGAACUAAAAACGAAGCUUGUAGUUAAUGGUACGGAAAAAUCGUUUUCUGGGACGCGUGAUAAAGUAGUCAAGUUAGCAGAAUUGCAAUCUCAGCAACAGACAAAGACCGAACUUACGAAGACAUCAGCCAACAACAAGAAAAGAACGGUAACACCAUUUGAAAGUGGCAGUGAUAGGAGUUUCGCUAUACCGGAGGAACCAGCGGUUAAAAGAUUUAAACAAACAAGCCAAAAUGUUAGAACGUCAAAAACUGAUGUUAACUGCGAUAAAAAUCAAUCAAGUACUAAAAAACUUGUUGAUCGAUCAGCACAAAACGUGGUCAAAGAAACAACGGAAAAUCCAGAUGCCGAUUCAGACGACAAUCCAGAAUCUGUGAAUACAGAUGGCAAAUCUACAACGAUGAAUUCAGAUGUCAAACAUGACUGGGCAAAUUUAUACGCCAGGCCAAAGUCUUGUUGUUUGACAUCGGAAAUACCAUAUUUAAUUGAUUGGCUUGAAACUUUUCCAGAAGUUAAAGACGCCAAGACCUGUGCACUAUACACAGAGUUGUUUGAGGUUAGUUUUUUAAGUUUAGCCUAACAGUUAUUAGUAACAUAAAAAAUGUUUUAAAGUAAGGAUUAUUAAAUUUGUAGUAAUUUAUAUACAUUAUUGCUUUGUAUUACAAAAAUGAAAAAAGUUUUCUUUGACAAAACUUAUAGUUUUUUAUUGUUUUAGAGUGCUUAUCCAACGUACGGUGGUGCAGCAAAUCAAAAAUUGGCCGCGGUAUACCAAGAAUUUGUACAACUGCAAAAAAUUUACAAAUAUGCUGAAUUGGAAGACAAGUACAAGGUAAGUACAUUAAUAUUUUAAAAGAAUUAAAAUUUUUAGAAGCAAAUGUAAUAUAUAUUACUUUACUUAUUUUAUAUCGCGUUAUUUUUUUUAGGCAAAUCAAACGCUUCAGGAACUCCACGAUAAGUACGAUGCAGACGUCGAAUUUUACAAACUACGCAAAGAACACCUUACACUGCAUCUAAAAUUAGAAGCGCUGAGGCGGCGGAUUGAAGAGUGGAAUGAAAAGCAAUAA